AUGAAUAAUCUAGUAGCGUAUGAUGGAGAAAGUGAUGAAGACUCUCCAAUACAUUCCAGUGAAGCUGAAGUUCCAAUUAACCCUCUUUUGAAGAAAAAAAGCGCUUCUCCACGAGAAAGAAAAAACUCUGAUUUUUAUGAUGACUCUGAGGCUUUUGCUGAUUAUACAUCCAGAAAAUCUACAUCACCACGCUCCGACAGAAGUUAUACCAUGGACUUCUUAGAACCUCCUCCUCCAAAAAGGCCAAAAGACACACCUUCUCCCUCGGAUGUUAAUGUAGGAAUGGCCAGGAUAUCUUCAACUGCUUCAUUAGUUUCUUACGAGUUUGAAGAUGGGUUCGACCAAGCUGAACGAGAAGGAGCAGAUAUUGAUAAAGAGCAAGUCAGUCCUCUUUCAACUGAAAUGGUGGAACCACGACCUCCUGAAAGACAAAGCCAAGACUGUGAGAGUGAUGAAGACAAUGAGAGGAUUAUUGACGAAGCUUUGGAGAAUGCCCAAUCAGCCCUAAAAGAGAGACAGGGCGGGUCAGAAGGUAGUCUAACUCCCGGGAACGACCAGGAUAGUCCCAGAACACCAGAUGUGGAGGACAAAGAUGAGGAUGCAAUUAGGAAUAACAUAGCUAUACCUCCAUCGCCUGAAGGUGAUUGUGAUCCCUUACUUGAGGAGAAGCUAGCGAUGUUUUUCCGAAAAAAAGCUCAAGGAAUAAGUUUGAAUGAGCAACUGCAAGGCAAAAGGCAGUUUCUUAAUCCAUCAUGCUACGAAAGUUUUAUUGAAAGUUUUGAUCUUGACGAGAAAGGUUCGAACUUUCCUGCACACAUUUUUGAUCCUCAUGGAUUUCCUGAAGAUUGUUUCUACGAGAAGCUAAAUGAAGAACAGAGGAAGUUAACUGAAGCUAAGGAUAGAGAAGCGCUAAAGAAAUCAGGCGGACAUACUGUUCCUGUCGCUCGCAAACCUUAA